AUGGUAGAGACAGGUCUUCCGGCAGGUUGGGAGGUUCGCCACUCCAACUCUAAGAACCUUCCCUACUACUUCAACCCUAUGACGAAAGAGUCUCGCUGGGAGCCGCCGGCCGACACAGAUACGGAGAAGCUCAAGUUCUAUAUGGCCAACUAUCACAGCGGACCCGCAGGACGCUCUGAUGGAAACGGUCACAAUGAGGGCAAGAUCCGCUGCAGCCAUCUUCUCGUUAAGCACAGGGACAGUAGGCGUCCCAGCAGCUGGAGGGAGGCCGAAAUCACCCGUUCGAAAGAGGAGGCUAUCGAGAUCCUCAGAAGCCACGAGGCGCGCAUCAAUGCGGGAGAAGCCAGUCUGGGUGACAUUGCUGUAUCGGAGUCCGACUGCAGCAGUGCUAGGAAACGUGGAGAUCUGGGCUUCUUUGGACGGAAUGAGAUGCAGAAAGAGUUUGAGGACGCCGCCUUUGCACUCCAGCCUGGUCAGGUCAGUGGGAUUGUGGAGACGGCCUCUGGUGUCCAUUUGAUUGAACGGGUUCAGUAA